GAGGUACUCAGGAAAAAAAGGAAGUGGCCAGAAGGGGAAGCAGCAGGCUGCAGAGGGGAGGCAGGUGGUGGAACUUGACUGGGCGCUUGCUGGCGAGCUGAGCGCCUGCGUCUGUGGCAAAGCCAAGAUGAACGCCAAGGCAGGAUCCCCAGAGGUGCGGGGGACUCUGGCCCUGCUGGGCCUGAGCGCCGUGACCCUCACCUACGUGCUGUGGCAAGUGUUCUCUUCCUCCACCUGUGGCCACGCGCGCCCCGAGGAAGGGCGCACCGCGUCUCGGGGCCUUGGCUCCAGCCUGGCCUGGGCGCCCCUGGGAGGGGAGGCCCGGUGGCAUCAGCAGAACGAUUCCUGCCAGCUCGUCCUCGUGGAAAGCAUCCCCCAGGACCUGCUGCCUGCAGCAGGCAGCCCGUCUGCCCAGCCCCUGGCCCAGGCCUGGCUGCACCUGCUGGACGCCGCCCGGGAGAGUGUCCACGUGGCCUCUUUCUACUGGUCCCUCACGGGGCCCGACACUGGGGUCAACGACUCGUCCUCCCAGCUGGGAGAGGCCCUUCUGCAGAAGCUGCAGCAGCUGCUGGACAGAAACGUUUCCCUGGUUGUGGCCACCAGCACCCCGACACUGGUCCGGAACUCCACCGACUUGCAGGUCCUGGUGGCCCGAGGCGCCCAGGUGCGACAUGUGCCCAUGGGAAGGCUCACCGGCGGCGUUUUGCACUCCAAGUUCUGGGUCGUGGAUGGGCGGCACGUCUAUGUGGGCAGUGCCAACAUGGACUGGCGGUCACUGACACAGGUGAAGGAGCUCGGCGCCAUCAUCUACAACUGCAGCCGCCUGGCCCAGGACCUGGAGAAGACCUUCCAGACCUACUGGGUGUUGGGGGUGCCCGAGGCUGUCCUCCCCAAACCCUGGCCUCGGAACUUCUCCUCCCACAUCAACUGCUUCCAGCCCCUGCGGGACUACUUUGACGGGGUGCCCACCACUGCCUACUUCUCGGCAUCGCCGCCCGCACUCUGCCCCCACGGCCGCACCCGGGACCUGGACGCGCUGCUGGCGGUGAUGCGGGACGCCCGGGAGUUCAUCUAUGCCUCAGUGAUGGAGUAUUUCCCCACGACACGCUUCAGCCACCCCGCCAGGUACUGGCCGGUGCUGGACACGGCGCUGCGGGCGGCGGCCGUCGGCAGGGGUGUGCGCGUGCGCCUGCUGGUCAGCUGCUGGCUCAACACGGACCCCAGCAUGUUCCCCUACCUGCGGUCCCUGCAGGCCCUCAGCAACCCCGCGGCCAACGUGUCCGUGGACGUGAAAGUCUUCAUCGUGCCUGUGAGGAACCACUCCAACAUCCCCUUCGGCAGGGUGAACCACAGCAAGUUCAUGGUCACGGACAAGGCGGCCUAUGUAGGCACUUCCAACUGGUCCGAAGACUACUUCAGCAGCACCUCGGGGGUGGGCCUGGUGGUCAGCCAGAGGGCCCCCAGCACCCGGCCAGGGGUGACCGCCGUGCAGGAGCAGCUGCGGCAACUAUUUGAGCGCGACUGGAGUUCCCGCUACGCUGUGGGCCUGGACGGACAGGCCCAGGGCCAGGACUGCGUUUGGCAGGGCUGACGUCCAGCCCUUCCUCCCGAGCAGGCCUCCCUGCCUGGCCCCCAGUCUGGACCCCGAGCAGCUCCAUCCGCACAAGCCCUGGUCAGGGGCAGGACUGCCCAAUGCAGGGCAGGCGCAAACUGUUUGCUCUCCUAAUCUGGCCCCUCUUAAACCCCCACCUCCUCCACGGAGCCCUCCAGGAUGCCCUCCCUGGCUCCCACAGAGCCGCAAUUCCUACCCACAC